AUGAAUUCAUUAAAAUUUACUUUUUACAUUUUUGUUCUAGUUAAAUUUUGCAUUUCUUUAUAAUGCGAAUAAAAUGAAAUAUAUUCCUUGGUUACUUAAUCAUGCUUAUAAUGCUCUAAUGAGUGCUAGACGUGCUUUAAUACAAAACAAUCUUCUUGCAUAACAUGUAAGUAGAAUUUAUUUAAAAGCUCUAAUGAUGAUUCAGCUUGCGUUCAAAAAUGCUAAAUCAAUGAGUUUUAAAAUGAAAACAACGAAUGUGUAAAAUGCUAAGUGUUUGGAUGUGUUUCAUGUGAUGAAAGCUAAAAAUGUCUUGAAUGUGAUUAAAAUUUAAAGCUUGAUUAAAUUAAUAAUUAGUGUAUACUAAUGGAUAAUGUUUGCUCAUAUUUUAAUGGUUUUAUUUAGGGAACAUCAAAUCUUGAAAAAUGUUAAAAAGAAUGCUAACCAACAUUUUAUUAAAAUAUGGAGGCUUAAACUUGUGAAGAUACCAUAAGUUGCAUAUAAAUUCAAGAAAGCAAGAGAUUCUCUUUUGAAAAAAGAGUAAUAGAAGUCUAAUAAAUAAAUUAAAAUUAAUAUUUAGUAGAAGCAUAUGGUUGCACUUUUGCUUUAUUAGACUAAAAUUGGAACAUAAUAAAUGUGUAAGUCUUGUAAAAUUUAGAAAAUUACAAUGAUUUAUAUGUUGUAGAUGGAGUUGAAAUUUAGAGAAAUAGUUUUAUAGUUGGAGAUUAAGGGGGAUGUUCUGCAGGAAGCAGGAUAGUAGUUGUUAAUUUUAAAACACUAGAAGUAGUUUUUUAAUUGAAUAAUACAAACUAUGAUUACUCAGUUAGCUAUGUGGAUUCAAAAAACUAAAUUGCUUUUUUAAAUUUAAAUAACGGCAAUACUAUUAUAUGAUCUUAUAAGCAUGGUCUAAAUAAUAAAAUAGUUUGA